AUGACCUCACAUGCUCCCGAUAUCGUCACUCUCGACAAUCUGUCGCAGACUAUUACACCCUGGAACCCUCAAGGGGAAAGUCAACUCCAUGCAAUAGUUGAUAUGGGAAGUAAUGGCAUUCGAUUCUCCAUCACAUCACUAGCGCCUCCAUUUACACGCCUUCUUCGUCCCAUCUACUCAACUCGCGCUGCCAUUUCACUAUUUGAUGCGCUCAGGAACACACCUCAAGGUCUAGUAUUUCUUCCGGAAACCAUUGCUGCCGUUUCCAAGACGCUGGAGCGUUUUCAUCAACUCGCUGUGCGUCAUGGAGUGCCAGCGAGGCACAUCACCAUCCUCGCUACUGAGGCCAUGCGCCGGGCCGACAAUGCUUCUGAAAUGCUCGAGGCAAUUUCAUCCGCGACUAAUGGUCUCAGAGUGAGCAUACUUGAGCCCGCUGUUGAGACCCUCUUUGGCGCUGUCAUGGGCUCUCGCAGUGGUCUCGUUGGCGUUGAAGGUGGCGCUCUGUUCCUGGACCUCGGGGGCGGGAGCGUGCAGAUGACGUGGGUGGACACCAGCAAGCCAAACUAUGAGAUAGAUGCUGCCAGAGCUGGAGUGAGUCUGCCCUUUGGGGCCGCGAGAUUAAUUCGCGUGCUGCAAGAGCAGCCAGCCGAUGUUCAGGCUUCUGAGAUCUCAAAGCUUCAAACCGGCAUGCAACAGGCAUACGCCAACCUCUGCUCUAAGUUCCCUGCACUUGACGCCCUGAAAGGCUCUCAUGAAGAGGGUUCUCAUGUGAAUGUCUUCAUGUGUGGAGGGGGCUUUCGCGGUUAUGGCAGCAUGCUCAUGCACCAGGACCCUGUGAGCCCGUACCCUAUCCCCUAUACGAACGGUUAUACGGCUCCAGGCACACUAUUUUCCAAGGUUGAGCACAUGCGUCGUGUCAACGAGGAACACGACAGUCGAAUUUUCGGACUUUCAAAGCGUCGUCGUAAGCAAUUCCCUGCAAUCGCCACUGUCAUUGAUGCAUUGCUCGCGACGGUGCACAAUAUCGGAACCGUGACAUUCUGUGGCGGUUCGAAUCGUCAAGGUGCACUUAUGAUGAAACUCCCGUUCGAAAUCCGCGAGUGUAACCCUCUCGAUAUUCUUGCUGGAGUCACACUAGAUGAGAAACCCGUAUUUGAUGCUGUGUUGAACACGUUGGGAAGUGCUCUUCCUGCAGAGGUCGACUUCUCAUCCAUGCCUAACAUUUUGACUCCUGGGCUGGACUCUCUUUUUGUGCGGGAUAUUUGGACUCGACAGGGCCACGAUUCGGAUAACAACUCGUCGUUUGCACUGCAUCAUGCAAUUACCCGGGAUGCGGAGGUCCCUGGGCUCUCACACACCGGAAGGGCCCUACUGGCGCUCUCAGCCUCAGCUCGAUGGGGAGGCAUUCUAGGGCCCUUGGACUCACAGCUCCAGCAGAGUCUGUCGGCACUUCUUGAGAGCCAGCAUCUUGAUGCACCAUUUUGGGCUUCGUAUGUUGGCGCUGUAGCCGGGCUUAUAGCCAUGGUUGUACCAAUAAUCCCGAAAACCGCAGAGGAGGUGGAAAAUGCUAUCAGCAUAAAAGCACAUCUCAAGCAGACAGAGGAUAAAAGAGAGAGAAUCGUAUUAACGAUCAGAGUCGCCUCCGCCAAUGUAGCGGGUGUCAGUCUAGAAGAUCUCGCCGACAGGGUUGAGAAAACCGCCAAAAAGAAUGGAGGGAAGAAGCCAAGAUACAAGAUAACUGCCCAAGUGAGCUUAUCGCCAUGA